GGUUGAGCUAUGGUGGGAACCAGUAUUCAGAGAAUGAAUGCACUUCAUUGGUGAGAUAAACCAGUGUCCAAUACGAUAUGAGAAAGCGCAUCUAAGAUGGAAGGUAGGUGUGAUAAGCGUGAUGUCACCACCCGCUCAAAUGUACCUGCUACGAGCGUCAUCCUUCCCGUUAUUCACGGAAUUGGGAGUCGCAUACCACCUUAACUCCGCAAGAUAAGGUACUACACCAACCUUCCUUGGACGUUUCCUGAUUUCUUUCUUUCAUAUCAUCCUGCAAUAUUUUCUCACGAUACCUAUUACGGCGUGUUAGUUUGUGGGUUAAGCUCUCUCGCUGGAGCUGAAAGGUCAUAUCAGAACAUCAUCGCCUGCAUCGGACUGCUAUAAUGUCCCCGUUGCACCCAUCCAAGGACGUCCUCCAGGGAACGGUCUACAGCCCUCUCUCAGCAAAGCCCCGUACUCCUUAUGAGGCUCACCUUGAGCUCUUUCCCGCUUACUCCUCCGUCGUACAAGAUGUGAAGGGCAAAGCCAAGGAGCUGAGCGCCGAGGCGACAGCCGAAUUUGAAAAGGCGAGCGCAAAAGCUCAAGCCAAGGCUGGAAAGAUCGAGCUAUACUCUGGAAAGUAUUAUGCCGCUUGCACCUUUGGUGGUCUGAUGGCCUGUGGUCUCACUCACGCUGCCGUAACUCCCUUGGAUCUCGUAAAAACCCGUCGACAAGUUGACUCAAAACUCUACACCAGUAACUUUCAGGCCUGGGGCAAGAUCUACCGUGCUGAAGGCGUUCGUGGUAUCUUCACGGGUUGGAGUCCAACCCUCUUUGGCUACUCUGCCCAAGGCGCCUUCAAGUAUGGUUGGUACGAAUACUUCAAGAAGACGUACUCUGAUAUGGCUGGUCCUGAGGCUGCACAAAAGUACAAGACCGGUCUAUAUCUUGCAGCCUCUGCCUCUGCUGAAUUUCUCGCUGAUCUUGCCCUCUGCCCCUUCGAAGCCGUCAAGGUCCGUAUGCAAGGCUCGAUCCCUAACCCCUACACCGGAACAGUCCAAGGCAUCAGCGCCAUCACAGGCAAGGAAGGCGUCGCUGGCCUAUACAAAGGCUUAUAUCCGCUAUGGGGUCGCCAAAUCCCCUAUACAAUGAUGAAGUUUGCCUCGUUUGAAACCAUUGUUGAGAUGAUCUAUGAUCGCCUGCCCGGUCAAAAGAGUGACUAUAGCAAGGCUGCCCAGACUGGUGUCUCUUUUACUGGUGGUUACCUGGCCGGUAUCUUGUGCGCCAUCGUCUCCCACCCCGCCGAUGUUAUGGUCAGCAAGUUGAAUUCCAACCGUCAACCUGGUGAGGCUUUCGGCGGCGCCAUGAGCAGAAUAUACAAGGACAUUGGUUUCGGUGGCCUAUGGAAUGGUCUCCCCGUGCGAAUUGUCAUGAUCGGUACUCUUACCGGACUUCAGUGGAUGAUCUAUGACUACUUCAAGAUCUUUAUGGGUCUUCCAACCACUGGCGGCGCUCCACCUCCAGCCCAGAAGCAGGAGUAGGCUAUAUCGGCUCCCCUUGUAAAAAUGCAUGAGUCGCUUGUGCCAUAGUUGUCAAGGACUUUUUGGUGUGACUUCGUUUUCUGUUCGUUCAGGUGGAUUAGAAGCAAGAGACAGUGUUGAUAGGCCAAUAAACAAACCAUUUCUAUGAGAGUGCUGGAUUCCAAGCAACAGGGUGAGUGAUAUUUAUCGUCGGGAUAAUCGCAUCUAUGUGGAACGGCCUGCCUGGACCCUGGGAGUACACAGCUUAUCAGCAGCCAUCCUUGUCUGAAUACGACUUGGGUCUCGAGCAGCUAUGUUGUAGACGGAAGCAUGCCACGCUUGGUUCGAUUCGAUCCGUGAGAGGGAUUUGUAUGUCAUCCCGCUAGUAGUUUCUUGCAUGGGCGAUCUGGAGGAUACAUUGAAGCUUGCAGCCGGGCAAAUUGAUAAUCGCCAAGGGACGUG